AUGUCUUCCUCGACCAAGCCCGACGAGCGUAUGAAGGCGGAGGCCGACCAGGCUCUGCACACCCAGGAGGACCUCGACUGCCCAGGCUUUGAAUCCAGCCGCGUGUUUGCGCUCUCUGCGCAGCUGCUCGCCAAUCCGCCGGAGGGUUUUCCUUCGCGCAAGCGGCUGCUCCGAUCGCUCCAGAGCAUCUACCUCUUUGUCAUCCAGCCCUCGAGUGCCAUCGACCCAUCCAACCCACGCACCAAGCCCGUGGAUGGUAAGGUGUCGACGUCCGGAGGCGCGCUGCGUCCUGCCAUGUGGUACGCCGACAUGAAGAGCAAGGGCGUCAUCGGACGCGGACAGCCUCCCAAGACCGUGCUGGGCCGAAAGCGCAAGGCGGAUGUCGUGAUCGAGUGUCGAGACCGCGAUUUCAUGGAGCUCGCAACCGGCAAGGUUCAGGCGCAGCGUCUCUACAAUGAAGGAAGGAUCAAGAUCCGUGGCGAUCUUGACCGCGCCCUCAAGAUCUCGUCGCUCAUCUCGCACGAGCGAUCCAAGAUCUACGGCACCUCGCCUGCCUCGGCCUCCGUCGAGGAGAAGGUGGCCGCCGUCGAUCAUGAGCGUGAAGGCCAUGCCUCGCGCAACGACGACUACGGCGCCGGCAGCCCCGCUCCGAUCCCGGACCCUUUUCGCAGGAUGGCUACGCCGAACCUGACGACAUCGUCGUCAGCGUUGCUCUUGCUAAGAGUCUUGACCACCAGCGCCCCAAGUGUCAUCCAAAGCAGCUCGAGUCACCGUCAGCUUCUGUUCAGUCCAUCCUCGGCUAAGCUGGUGAGAAGAAAAGCGGCUCAAGCUCGUCUCUGUCAUGCAACCAGCGUGCGGCGCAGCCGAUGCACGGAUAACGCUAGGCCCUUUGGCCGGCCUCCUCAGCUGCGCUCAUAUGAAGGCUCGAGCGCUGCAACCCACAGCCGCGACUGCUUCUGGCCUCUUCAUUUCGUCCACGAGCGGCAGCAGCAGCAGCACACGCUGAUGCUCGGAAUCUCCCUGCCCGGAUCAGCCAUGGAGGUCUUUAUCGGCAACAUUCCUCCCAAUCUCGACACUGGCAAGAUUGAGCGUUUCAUCUUUGCUGUUGUCAACACAGAGCAGGUGUUCGGCUCGGGUGCCAUUCCCUCGUACGGUUCUAGCACGCCGCCGGCUCCGCCUGCCACCACGGCCAUCGUGCCGAUCAACAAAGGCUUCUUCUUCAAGCGAGUCCCGCGAAACGAAGGUUUACACUUUGGCUUCCUUACUUUUGCCCGUCGAAAGGUGGCUCUGUGGUUCAUCGAAUACACCCAAUGGCAGCCCUUUGUUCGCAACCACGGUCUGAGAGUCAAGGAAGGCAGGGAGGAGCCUUUGCCAGCCUUCGUGUCUGCCAUCGCCGAAAACGCAACAGAUCAGCAACCCUCGGCGAGUGUGCAAAAGGCGCCUCCCAAGUACUCCUUUGGCGUCGCCCACGUCGGCUACUGGGGAGCGCCCUUCCGCUUCAACUACACCCAUGCCUACGUUGGCGGACGUCUUUACCUCUCGAUUGAGGACAAGAACGUCAUCCGCAUCCAGCUCAAUCAUGACACGGUCACCUUUCUGCCGCGCGACGUCAAAACGUUGACCCUCAGGCAGGUCAAGUCCGCUGGUUCGACCGCUUCGGACGUCGGUUGUGUCAUGUUUUUCGAACUGAAAACAAACCCUCGUAUCGAGGGAGACUUGCGUCACGGCGACGACGCUCACGCUUUUCGCCUUCCAACAAGGAUCAUUCAACUCAUCUUUGGCAAAGACAAGCGCGCUAGUGAUGACUCCCAGAACCUCUGGAGACGUCUCGAGGUUCUGCUUGCCGGCGUUCCGCAGCUCAAGUACAGCAAAAUUCAGACCUACCAGGACAAAAAUGCGCCAUUCCUGGCCAAGUUCUUCCAACGCAGCAAGAGCCUCGACGUCGAGUUGGCCUUGCUCCGCGAGUCUCUGCUUCGUAACGAGCUCCUGAACAUGUCGGCGCUCGUGAAGCUUUCGCCCAAACUCGACCACAUGAUCAAUCAAGAUCAGCAAGCUCUCGCUCUGCGUGUCCUCAAGAACCUGGUCCCCAAGCUUGAAGCCCGACAGGAGAGGGGCGUCGACGAGGAAGCGGUGCUCCGAGUUUCGCAGAAGCUGUGGGAAGAGGCCUGCGCAGAGGCCACUGGGAACGAUUCCCGGGGAUUCCUCUCCGUCCUCGACCCGACUCCUUCGCCGGAUGACGAUUAUCUGUCCAAGACUUUUAGCAUCGAUGUGACGCCCACCCGUGUUCUCGUCUCUGGCCCUCACACGCACGUAUCGAAUCGUGUCAUCCGAGCGUACAGCGACCAUUGGCACCACUUUGCUAGAGUUACGUUCUCCAACGAGGACCGCGGAGGCGCUACGACCAUCAAGGCCAACUAUGGGCUUGUCGAAAGCGAGCGGUACAUCCAAUCGCGUGUGCUCAAGAUUCUGCAACGCGGCAUCAAUGUGGCUGGGCGACACUGGGAGAUGCUGGCAUGGUCGUCGUCGAGCAUGAGCGCGCACACCGUCUGGUUCGUGACGCCAUUUCGCGACAAAGAUGGAUCACACGUUCACGCCGAAGUCAUUCGCCGCGAGUUGGGAGACUUUACCGACGUCGCGAGGUAUCCGGCCAUGUACGGCGCCAGACUGUCGCAGGCAUUCAGCGCAACUGCACGCACAGUCGAGGUCGAUUCGUCACUCAUUCUUCACAUGCCCGACAUCGAGACUCCGGACCGGAAAAUGGCCUACACGGACGGGGUCGGCCAGAUCUCACCGGAGCUGAUGGCCGAGGUGUGGGAGAAGUAUGUGACGUCGGCGCUAGGCGAGCCGCGAAAGCGUAAAUUGCUCAAGGCUGCCGCCCCUUCGGCCAUUCAGAUUCGUAUUGGUGGUCACAAGGGCUGUCUGACCGUCAACCCAAGACUGCAAGGGAAGCAGCUUGCGCUUCGUCCGAGCAUGUCCAAGUUCGUAUCGCCACAUCAAGAUCUCGAGGUUGCCAAUUCCUCGGCGCGCUGUCUGUCCGCCAAGCUCAACCGUCCUCUCAUCAAUGCGCUUGAUGACCGCGGCGUGCCAGCCACUGCUCUGCUCGACAUCCAGAAAGAGGCUAUCGCCCACAUCGGCAGAGCACGCACGCACUUCGACGAGACGGCGAGGCUGUGCUCAGCAUAUAGCUUUGGCACGGGCUGCGACCUUCACAUUCUCUUUCAGAAGCUGCACAAGCACGGCAUGGGGACGAACUCGAUCCACAGCGACAGCUUCUUCCUUGUGCUGGCCAAGGCCGUCAUAGCUGCUGCGCUAGGCGACAUGAAGCGCAAGGCUCGCAUUCCUGUCCGCGGCGUCACGCUCAUCGGGGUCGCCGACGAAUUCGCUUUCUUGAAGGAAGGCGAGGUCUUUGCGCAGGUCGAACAUGUCGACCUCGGGCAGGUCAGACGGCGAGUGCUUGUCGGAACCAAGCUGAUCGGCCGUUCUCCUACAGUCGAUCCAGGCGACAUCGCCAUGGUCAAGUGUGAGGAGGCGAUCUGGACGGCGAUCUGUACACGAUCUACGAGGACGAGCGCUCUGUACACGAUCUACGAGGACGAGCGCCUCUUCCUCCCUACGCCGCAACCGGGCACGACCUUCCAUGCCAAGACGAGGCCAAAGGAGCUCGAUCGGUACUGCGACUCGACGGACUUGGCGAACUUCUUCGCCGACUUUAUGCUCAACGACUUUAUCGGCUUGGUUUCGCAUAUGCAUCUGCGCAUUGCGGAUGCAAGUAAGCGGGGCUCGCUCGAUGGUCGCUGCAAACAGCUCGCCAUGCUGCAUUCGCAAGCCACUGACUUUCGCAAGACCGGCGUUGCGGUCAAGCGCACACAGCUGCCACGCAUGGACGAGCCCAUUAUUCCGGACUUCCUGGCGCAGGGAGAGCCUCGACAGGGAAGAUUGACCUACUUGAGCACGCGCGUCCUCGAUUACCUCUACCGCGCCGUUAGCUGGAACCAGACGGACACGCCUUCGCUGGACAAGAACACGGACCCCGAGACCGGCCUCGAGCCCGAUUACACCGAGGACUACGGCGAUGAGGACGACUUGGCCUCGGAGAUCGACAGCGAGUUUGGCAGCGACUUCGAUAGUCUUGUGGAGCAGCAUGUGCCGCAAGGCGCAGCACGUGAUCCUUCGGCGCGCGCCACCUUCAAGGAUAACACCUUUCCGGAUCUGCUGGAGCGGAUCGCACAUUCCAACACCGAUUGGCUGCCAACGUCUGCGUCGGACGCAGACUCGGACGAGCAGACCGUGGUCGAGGAGGGAUAUCGCUACGUUUCGCUGUUCAUCGAGUUCACACGAAGGCUGCGUAGCCUUUCGCGGAUGAUUGCAGAGUAUCAUCCCGAGAACAACGGCUCCGCGAACGGGAUCGGCGGCGCGAUGCUGGUGUCGGAGGUGCAUCUGCUCACCGGCCGAUUGCCGUGGGCCAAGGUGGCGCGGAAGACGUGCCACGAUCGCGACAGCAAGGUGCUGGACAGCAUGCAGCCGCUGUGCGCUCUGCUGCGCAAGAACAUUUGCCGCAUCUCGGAGGCGGAGGCGUUUGCGCCGCCGGUCAAGUCCCAGAUCGUCAAGACCGAGGCCGAUGUUCAUCCUAUUGCGUUCACGGGCGUCGCAUCGUUGGCGGCAAACGGCGCGUCUGGAUCUCAGCAAACGCGCGUGCAGUCUGGGCCAGCUGGAGGGACAGGCCAGACCAGCAGAGCUGCCUCGGAUUAUGGCAGUCAUCGCAACCCGAUUGAGAUCGACUCGGACUCGGACUCGGACUCGGACUCGAGCGAUGACGUGACCGUGAUCGGGUCGCGACGUGGCUCGUUCGGACCUAUCGGGUCGCAGCCUCGGCGACCUCUGGUGUCAGUGACGAAUGUGGUGCCGCCAUCCUCGCAGGCGUCCGCGCCAUCUUCGCAGGCUUCCGACGCAGGGUCGAAGCGAAAAGCGUCUCAAGAUUUACCCUUCACGCGCUCGCCUCGAUUCUCUUCGAAGUCUUCCUCGCACGACUCGAGCUCCACUCGCAACGCCGCCACUGUCGCCGAGGAAGAGGAGGCGGAAGAGGGUGAAUUCACCGUGGUCUCGGCGCAGAAGGUGGUCGACUCGCUGUGGCGGGCGUGCUGCUUCUUUGCGUCGCCGCAUCGGCCGCGGUACUCGAACGUCUACGGCUACAACACGUUUAUGAUCACCCUCGUGCUGCAUCUGCUGUCGAUGAUCGAGACGCUCAAGCAUUUACAGCGCAACACGAUGCGGCGCACGGGGCGUCAGCCUGCCAGGCCGGCGCAGACGACGCAGACGCAGGUGCAGUGGGACGACGCCGCGUCCGAGGCGUACACCGAGGACGACUACUCUCUGACCGAAGACGCCGUGUCGGCACUCACGCUGGGCACGAUGCUCAUGGAUCUCUCACACACCAACGCAGGCUACGACUGA